GAAACAAAGCUUCCAAAUACCGUCAAAUUCUGCGAGAGUUUAUGCUGGCAGGACAUUCUCGCGACAACGAUAGCGAGAUUUGGUUAAAACACAGAAAAUAUGGCGGACAGGGUAACGCAGCUCCAAGACGCUGUCAAUUCGCUUGCAGAUCAGUUUUGUAAUGCCAUCGGGGUCCUGCAACAAUGUGCGCCUCCUGCAUCCUUCAGUAACAUCCAGACAGCCAUCAACAAGGAUCAGCCCGCAAACCCAACAGAAGAGUAUGCCCAACUGUUUGCGGCCCUGAUCGCCAGAACAGCAAAAGACGUGGAUGUACUAAUUGACUCUCUGCCCAGUGAGGAGUCCACGGCAGCUCUGCAGGCAGCCAGUCUCCGACAGCUGGAAGAGGAGAACCACGAGGCAGCAGCUCGCCUGGAGGAAGUGGUUUACCGUGGUGAUAUGUUGCUGGAGAAGAUCCAGAGUGCUCUGGCUGACAUAGCCCAAUCUCAACUCCGCACACGCAAUAGUGCCCUAAGUCAGCCAUCGGCGGCUGAAUCCUGACCCACACCAUGCACAAAACAUAGGACUCUAUUUUGUACCAUCAGAGAAUAAACUGCUAUCCUGAAAAUAUUCAAACCCAUACUAAAAGUGUCUGAAUACAUGUUUAAAUGUGUAGGAGAUUCUUACCAGACUGGUGUGGAUGAGAUGAGGUUUGAAUAUUCACAAAAACUAAACUUUUUUUUUUUGUCCCAUUUAAGUAAUUUGGUGUAGAAAAAGUAAGACCAGUUACACAAUGGAUGCAUGUGCUGUGUGUCACGGCUGUAACAUGUCUCUCUUUUUAUUUAGGAACACUUAACCUCUUUAUUAUUUUUUUUUAUGCGAGUGGCGGGCCUCUGGCAGCAAAAAAUUACAGUGAAAAUGAUCUUUCUUCACAAUUUUGCCAUCUUUAUAUGUUUCAUACAUCCCAAAAACAACAGGUCCUGUUUCAUAGUAAAAUCACUCCACAUGUUAGUUUUGUUUCCAUUAAGAACAAUUCAAUAAAGUUUUAUUAUGAAACAUGCA